GACUUUGAACUUGGUGAGCAGACUAAUUAAAAAGGAGAAGAAAAAAGCCGUAUUACACUAUAAAGAUAAUGUUUCGACGUGUUGCGCGCCACACCUCGUUUCUGACACGUGUGCAGUCCCGCCAUACCACCAUCCUCUCUGUCCGUAAGGGGGACAAAGUUGUGCUGAUUGGGGAUCGUCAGGUAACCCUCGGGGAGCGUAUCGUCGCGAAGAGCAGCGCCUGCAAACUUCGAAAGCUAAACGACAACGUUGUUGUUGGGUUUUCAGGCAGUACGGCCGAUGCCUUUGCUUUGAUGGAGAAGUUGGAGAACAAGCUUAACGACUUUCCUGAUCAACUCACGCGAGCAGCGGUGGAGUUGGCAAAGGAUUGGCGUACGGACCGCGCCUUGCGGCGUCUGGAGGCCUCCCUUAUCGUCUGUAGUGGUGAGGAGACGCUAGAAAUUGACGGCCAGGGUAAUGUUAUUACACCGGAGGAGGACGGCAUCAUUGCGAUUGGUUCAGGCGGCACGUACGCGAAGGCCGCGGCGCGGGCCCUCAUCGAUAUCGAGGACUACGACGCUGAGAAGAUUGCUCGCAAGGCUAUGAAAAUAGCUACAGACAUCGACGUUUUCAGCAACGGGAAUUGGGAUGUAGAGUCCCUCACGCGGGGUGGAAGUGCAGCGAAGGAGUCUUCAGUGUCGAGCACUCAAACUGGCAAUGACAGCAAGGAGGUCUAG